AUGGCAACUGCAAGAGCCAAUAUCUUAUUGCCUUUGUUUUGUUUCAUAGCGCUUCUCCCUUCUGUGAUGUUUACUGGUUUUUCAGCAGAAGAUCGAGCUAUAUACUUGGUUUUAAUGGAAGGAGACUCACUUGCAUUCAAUGGAGGCUCUCCAUCUUCACGCCUCAACCUAAACAGUGAAAUUUCGAAGGCUCAUGCAAAGCAAUUGGAGGAUUCUCAUGAUCAACUUCUACAGAGCAAUCUUGAGACUGGAAGCUACAGCAAGCUUUACAGCUUUAAACACGUUGCAAACGGCUUUGCUGUCCAUACAACCCCUUCACAGGCUGAAAAGCUGAAAUAUGCUCCAAGAGUAAAGCUGGUUGAGAGAGAUAGAGGAGCAAAGUUGAUGACAACGUACACUCCUCGCUUCCUUGAGUUACCUGAAGGAGUAUGGACGCAAGAAGGAGGCCAACGUAAUGCUGGUGAAGGAAUUGUGAUUGGUUUUGUGGAUUCUGGCAUCAACCCUGCACAUCUAAGUUUUGCUUAUAAUCCUCUGAGCCCUUUCACCUCUAAUAUUUCUCAUUUUUCGGGUGCUUGUGAGACUGGUCCUCUAUUCCCAGCAACUUCAUGCAAUGGUAAAAUAGUUUCAGCCAAGUUUUUCUCAGCUGGGGCUCUAGCCAUUGCUACUCUCAACAGUUCAGUGGAUUUUCUUUCACCCUUUGAUGCAGAUGGACAUGGCAGUCAUGUGGCAUCGGUUGCUGCUGGAAAUGCUGGAGUUCCUGUGGUUGUGAAUGGCUUCUAUUAUGGACAAGCUAGUGGAAUGGCACCACGUGCGCGGAUUGCUGUAUAUAAAGCUGUGUAUCCUACAGUAGGAACUUUGGCAGAUGUAGUUUCUGCAAUUGAUGAAGCAAUUCGAGAUGGAGUGGAUGUCCUAGCACUCUCUGUCGGACCAGAUGAACCACCAUUGGGUAGAGUGACCUUCUUAAGCAUGUUUGAUGUGUUCAUGUUAUAUGCUCGACGAGCUGGGGUUUUUGUGGUGCAAGCAGCAGGUAAUCGAGGGCCAGACCCUUCAAGUGUAGUGUCUUACAGCCCUUGGGCGGUAGGUGUAGCUUCUUCCGGCACAGAUAGAAUUUAUCCUUCUUCUAUUGUUCUUGGAAAUGGAGCAAGAAUUGAAGGUGUGGGAUUAUCAGGACCAACUUUUGGAUAUAGGUUACUUCAACAUAGGUUGGUUUUGGCCAAGGAUGCAAUUAAUCCAAUUGGGUCAUUCCCAAGAACCCCACCCUAUGUUGAAGAGUGCCAAUUUCCACAAGCAUUGGAUCCUAGGUUAGUUAUAGGUAGUAUUGUCAUCUGCACAUUCUCGGAGGGAUUCUAUAACAGGACAUCCACCCUUAAUGCCAUCAUCAACACGGCAAGAGCUCUCGGAUUUAUGGGUUUUGUUCUUGUUGCAAAUCCAGCCUAUGGUGACUUCAUUGCAGAGCCUGUUCCUUUUGCUGUUUCUGGCAUUUUGGUCCCAAAUGUAACCAAUUCCCAGGUUAUAUUACAAUACUAUGAACAACAAACAUUCAAGGAUGAGAGCGGAUUUCCUACAAGACUUGCAGCGAGAGCAUCAAUCGGAGAAGGAAGAGCUGCUUCUUUCACGGGCCAAGCACCUAUUGUUAGCAGAUUCUCUUCGAGAGGACCAGAUUUCGUUGACAGAGACAGGAAGCCUGCUGAUGUACUAAAGCCUGAUAUUCUUGCCCCGGGCCACCAAAUCUGGGGAGCUUGGAGCCCCAUUAGUGCCUUAGAACCCUCAUUAGUGGGACAAAGUUUUGCACUACUUUCUGGUACAAGCAUGGCAACACCUCAUAUCGCUGGAAUAGCAGCACUUAUUAAGCAGUACAAUCCUUCAUGGACUCCUUCCAUGAUUGCAUCUGCGAUUUCCACCACGGCAACCAAGUAUGAUAAAAAUGGAGAACUGAUAAUGGCCGAAGGAUCCGAUAUAGGCAGUCAAUAUCCCUCCACUCCUUUUGAUUUUGGAGCUGGCUUUGUCAGUCCAAGUCAUGCCAUGGAUCCGGGUCUAGUCUUAUCUUCAGGAUAUGAAGACUACAUCAGCUUCUUGUGCUCAUUGCAUGAUACCAAUCCAAGUACAAUAAGAACUGUCACUGGAGAGUUGUGCAACAAGCCACUUGACCAUCCAGCCAAUCUGAACCUUCCUUCAGUAACAAUAUCAGCGUUGAAUGGGUCUCAAAUUGUACGAAGGGUUUUCAUGAACGUAGAGAGCAAGCCAGAGACUUACUCUAGCUCGGUGCUGCCACCAAAUGGGACAACAGUAGACAUAUCUCCUCCUUCGUUUACCAUAGCUCCACAAGGUACUCAAGAGCUAGAUAUAGAGUUCAAUGUGACCCAAGCAAUGGAUCAAUUCACCUAUGGUGAAAUCGUUCUUACAGGAAGUUUAAAUCAUAUUGUCAGGAUACCUUUAUCAGUUUUUCCAGUUUCAAUAUGAAAAAG